UAAUUAGGGCGCGACUAAAAUGCGCGCGAUGCUUUUAGUUCGAAGCAUCGGUCUCUGGACGUGAAGUGGAAGUGCUCUAGGGUUUACAUUUCGUAUCGAAGAUUCUCCCACUGCCAAAACAAAUUCGGUAGCCAUGGCGAGCACCAAAGUUCAGAGGAUUAUGACUCAACCGAUUAACUUGAUAUUCAGAUUUCUUCAAAGUAAAGCUCGUAUUCAGAUUUGGCUAUUUGAGCAAAAAGACCUUAGGAUCGAAGGCCGAAUUAUUGGAUUUGACGAGUACAUGAAUUUAGUUCUUGAUGAUGCUGAGGAAGUUAAUGUUAAGAAAAAGAGUAAAAAAGCACUCGGGAGGAUUCUUCUCAAAGGAGACAAUAUAACGUUAAUGAUGAAUACGGGAAAAUGAUGAUCAUCCAGCAGACCACAUUAUUGAGAUAGUUUUCACUUGCAUCGUAUGGCGUUAUAGCUUUUACAAUCAUCUUCCUUUUGGAGUUGUAUCUUUCAACGUUUUAAUCCAUCGAUGAUUAACUAGUUAUUAUUUGGAAGUAUAAUGUUAUUUCGCUGUUGGUAGAUAAUAUCCUUUUAAUUUAUCGUCCUUAUAACCGGUUGUUUA